AUGCUAUCGGACAAAUGGAAAGGCAAGCUGUUCUGCGUGUUGAUCGGAAACCGACCCACUUCCUCCGGCUGGGGCAGUCUUCUGGCAUCCACCGCAGCAGCAGGAGAUGACGAGAACUCUUUCUGGUCUACGGAAAAACUAGAGCAUACGAACUUCGACGAAUGGAUGAAGUCGACAGAGGCGCAGGAUAUUUCCUUUGAGAUUAAUAAGGUGCUGCGGGAGUGUCGGGCGGUCUCUCCCGAUAACUUACGACCAACAUAUUCGCCUAUCUGCACUCCUACGAUUAUGGUUGACAAGCUCGAUGAUGGCACCAAGCCCGCUGAAGACAAGAUCGAGGCCAUCCGGCACUGGCCGGAGGUGCCUGAGAAUGAGACGCAGAGCGGAUCGGGAGCCGACUCCCAGUACCUCGUCAAGUGGCGCGAAACACCUGAAGAACAAGCCACCUGGGAGCCGGCUCACCACCUUACAGGAUGCCUCGCUUUAGUGGGUGCUUGGCACCGCCGCAAGCGUAAACGUCUUCAGGUUCGGACCCGCGCUUCCCCUUCCGACGCUUAG